AUCUUUGAUCAGGUGCUCUCGAAUUCCUCUCAUUAUUAUAUCUAAUGAUGCCCAUGCUGCCUCCCUGACCUCCCUCUUCAAUGCGUCUCCCUCUCCCUCCGCGCCAAUGGUCGUCCGCUCUCGUCUUUUCCUGCCUCCGGUCGAGAUGCAAUCCUGGCUUCGGAUCGGUUCGACAUAAUUCGUCACUUGCGCCCGACCAAUUCGCCCAGUUAGCCAGUCGCGAAUCCUCCAAACAUCAGAUCUACCAGUCGCAUUCCACCGAUCCCUACGUAAACCUGUCGAUCGAACACUUCCUGCUCGAACACGCCCCGCCGGAUUCAAGCAUCCUCUUCCUCUAUGCCAAUCGCCCAUGUGUCGUCAUCGGUCGCAAUCAGAACCCAUGGCUCGAGACGAAUCUCCGUCAACUAUACAAUGACCGUGUCGCCGGCGCACAGGGAUCUACCCCGGACAGCGACAAUGCGCUGUACGUGCGACGCAGGUCAGGCGGAGGCGCCGUCUUCCACGACCAAGGCAACCUGAACUACAGCGUGAUCUGCCCGCGGACCUCCUUCACCCGGAAUAAACAUGCGGAAAUGGUGGUGCGCGCAUUGCACCGCGUGGGAGCCACCAACACAAGCGUCAACGAUCGCCACGAUAUUGUCCUCUCGAUGGCCAAUGGCGAUCAGCCGCGCAAGAUAUCCGGGUCCGCCUUCAAAUUGACGCGGCAUCGAGCGCUUCAUCACGGCACGUGUCUGCUAGAUUCUCCCAACAUCAACGGCCUAGGAUCUUUCUUGCGAUCGCCGGCGCGGGACUACAUCAAGGCCAAAGGGGUGGAAAGCGUCCGCUCGCCUGUGGCCAAUGUCUCGUCGCAGUUUGAGGAUGCCCUCAUCCCUUUCUCCAUGCAGAUGGUAAUGUCCAGUAUCGCGGAUGAAUUUGCGCAAAUGUACAAAACCGGGCCAGAUGCCGUGCGCCGUGCCCAGCGGGCGCAUGUGUAUGAGCCGGAGCUCUACGCGGGUGAAGAUUGGGUAGCAGGGGCAGUAGGUGAGACUCAGGCCGAUACAGAGCCGGAAAUCAGCAAAGGGUUGAAUGAGUUACGGUCCUUGGAGUGGAAAUACACACAGACACCGCAGUUUACAUUCUCCACACAUCCCAUCGAGGACGAUCCCCGGGAGCGACCCGCUUUACCGUCCUCUCUUCCUCCUUCGACGAGGGUAUUCCUCCGCUGUAAGCACGGUGCGAUCAUUGAAAGCCACAUCUCAACAUCGUCCGAUCCAUCCGUCGCUUCGGAACAGGCAGCGCGUGUCCACGAAGCCAUCAAUGGCCGCAAGCUUCAUGAACUGCAAUCGCUGCAGUGGCAGGAAGCUCUGCAUGAUCGUCUAGGUCCAGAUUCGGUGGAUACGGCUCGGGAACUUUCGAAUUUUAUCGGCAGCAAGUUAGGUUGCGAAUGAUCAAUCGGCUUGACCAUAUUGUACAUAUAGAAUAAAUGGAUAGUCGGCAAAGCGAAUUGCAUUACGG